UAUAUCUACACAUGUAUUUUUGUAGGCUUAUGAGAAAGAUUUUUACCUCGUUGGGGCCAGCAAAAAUAUACGAUGCAAGGAUAAAUUGCCGGAAGAACUAUUAUCGAAAGUGUACAAUUCUUUGAAGUCCGAACUUAGUUCAACUCAGGAAAUUUAUUUUCGUGUAAUGAGCUACAAACUUCUGGGUGUGCAAAUUGAUGAACAAAAUACAGCGAAACUUGUAAAAUCUCUGCAGGAUUUACUAAAGAAAGAUGAUUCAAUCGUUAGUUUCGGUUAUGCUUUCAACGUCGCAAGUGAGUUGGGUCCUAGUGCAGCGUUUGUGGCUGAUCGUGUCGAAGAUGCCGUCGUUCAAGCCGACGAAGUAGAUGGAAAAAUGCUACAAUUUGAAGGCGGCCUUAGCAUAACUGCCUUGGUCGUAAAUGGAAUAUUUCGAGUAACAGAUACUUUUAAGAAAGCAGCACCCUUAAACGCGGAACAAGCUGUGAAGUUUGCUACAUACUUUCUUAAUCGUAGAUCCGUGCAAUCGGCUAAGGGUGCACAUUUGCUUAUUGAAGCAUUGAAAACUUUGGGAGCAGCGGAAAAAAUUGCACCGAUUUGUAUUCAAUUGAUAGGAAAUGGUCAAUUACAGUCUGACAAUCAUGUACUGAACGUAAAGGUUGUUGAUUUGUUGGGCAAAUCUUUAACUCCAGCACCCCAAAAUAUUUAUGGGAAAAUAUUGUUGAAAAAAGAUAAUACCGUACUUGCCGAAAAAGUUCAGUUCGUGCCGAAGUCAUCCGACAAAACUGUUUAUGCAGCGCAGCUAUCGAACUAUAAACCCACUCGUGGCAUAUACUUAGCAGAAAUCAACGCGGACAACAUAUACACUCAGACAUUGCAAUUCAAGGUACUUGGACGAAUAAAAGUGCAUUCUCUGGAAGUUGGUGUUGCAGAAUCAGACGCGAGCUCAGCAGUAAAAAAGCAAAGUGUCACCUAUCCGCAAACUUUGCCACAUACAUUAAAGGCUGAUACAACCCAAAAACUGCUGCUAAAAUCUGUACUUAUAGAUGAAGGCACAACAAAGGUAAUUUCAGUUCAUCAGGCAUUUGUGCGGCUUACCAAUACAGAUACCAAAGAGGAAAUUAUAUUCGUUGCAGAACAAGAUAGUAACAAAGCUUACAAGUUCGACAUGGAUGUAGGUUCACAUGGUGCAGAUUUCGAUUACAAAUCGGGGGAAUAUGAACUUUACUUGAUUAUUGGCGAUGCUUCAAUCUCAAAUUCAUUCCAGUGGCACGUAGCGAACGUUCAGCUAAAAUUUUCCCAUGAAUACGAGACAAGGAAGAAGCAAGCAAUUCGUAGCAUGUUGCCGGAAAUAGAACAUUUGUUCCGUCCUCCCGAAAAACGUCCGCCUCGUUUUGUUUCAGAUGUAUUCACCGGUUUAUGCUUAACACCCUUGGUGUUGCUAUUCAUUUUCUGGGUCAAGCUGGGAAUAAACGUCUCCAACUUUUCGUUCGCACCCUGUACAAUUGGUUUUCAUGCGGGUUUUGGUGGCAUUUUGGCGUUAUUUGUAGUUUUUUGGUUCAACUUAAACAUGUUCCAAACACUGCGUUUGCUCAUUCCAAUAGCAAUAUUCACUUUCUUGUGCGGAAAUCGAGUAUUGCGAGGUAUACAUGCACAACGAAUAACGAAGUGACCAUCAACUUCAAACAUCAGUGCAACAUCAUCCUAAAUCCACAACAUUAAAUAAAAAACUAAGGUUACUUUCAUUCCGAAACUUCUCAAGCGACCGAGAGAAAAAACCAAACCUAUAAAUACAUACAUAAGUAUAUUUUUUAAAUCUUGCAAACUGAAAAUAAACUACAUGACAUGGUUUUAAACUGUGUCCGAUUAAUAAGUUGUUCGUGAACUAUACGUAUGUUUUUAAUUUAGCUAUAAAAAAUAAAAGUAUUGCAUUGAAUCAGCACUGAUAACUUCCAACUAUA